ACUGAGUAUUACAGAACUAUGGUGUAUGGUUGUGCAAACUCUUGUGUUAAAUUUCUAUUCUUCGUUAUAAAUCUUCUCAUCUGUAUUCUUGGCGCUCUAAUCUUCGGCUUCUCCCUAUGGGCAAAUCUGGACAAGAACUUCGGCGCACAUCUAGCCGAUUUUGUGCGUAAAGUGGAUGGCGCGGACCAUACACAUAUUGACGAAAUUUCUAAGUAUCAAGCAUCCCUUUGGAUCCUAGUAGCUGUUGGAGCUCUGCUGUUCUUCGUCGGAUUCCUUGGAUGUUGUGGCGCGGCUUGUGAAAGUCCAAUUCUUCUGGGACUGUUCUUCUUCAUCGUUCUAAUUCUAACUGCUAUCGAACUGGGCGCAACCAUUUUUGCCAUGUCAAACAGGGAUAAAUUUGUUGACGCAGUGCAAAAGGUUAUGGAAAAUUCGGCAAGCACACCGGAACUUCGCAGGAAUUUGAAACCGAUCCAGGACCUCUUCAACUGCUGUGGUGCUACAGCCUCAACCAAACAAAGGUUUAUCGACGAUAGAAUCUGUACUCCACAGCAGUACGAUUUGCCCGACUGCUUCGAGCGUAUCUCGCACAUGGUAGAAUCGUCUGGAGAAGUCAUCAUCGUGAUUGGAUUCAUUCUACUUGCUGUCGAAAUUUGUUCCCUCAUUUUCUCUUGUAUCCUUUGCCGAGCGUCGCGCGAAAUUCGCUAUGCUGGGUAUUACGCAUGAAUUUGAUCGUUUUCCUUUUGGACAACAGUACAGUUAUCCUUUUUUUGGAUAACUAAACUAUUAUUGAAGUUUCGUGCUCAUCCAUGUUUGAUUUUAUAUCCCAGAAAGCGAUUUGAAUGGUUAUCAA